AUGGACAGUUUUGCUACGAAAGUACGAACCUUUGAUGCGUUCCCUAAGGUAGAUUCUCAGCACAGUGUAAGAUCUCAGAGAGGAGGAUUUUCCACCUUGAUGACAAUAUUUGCUGGGUUGUUAAUCGUAUGGAUUGAAAUUGGUGGGUUUCUUGGUGGAUAUGUUGAUAGGCAAUUCAUCGUUGACGAUGAAAUUAGAUCUGAUUUAUCUAUUAAUGUGGAUAUGUUAAUAGCGAUGCCAUGUGAAUUCCUUCAUACCAAUGUCAGAGAUUUGACCAAAGAUAGAUAUUUGGCUGGUGAAACUUUAAAUUUUGAAGGUAUGAAUUUUUUUAUACCUGAAAAUUUCAACGUCAAUAAUGUUAAUGAUGCUCAUGAUACUCCAGACUUAGAAGAAGUUAUGAGAGAAUCUAUGAGAGCUGAGUUCAGACUUGAAGGUGCUCGUGUUAAUGAAGGUCGACCUGCAUGUCAUGUUUUUGGUUCAAUUCCUGUUAACCAUGUUAAGGGUGAAUUCCAUAUUACUGCUAAAGGAGUUGGUUACAGUGAUAGAUCACAUGUGCCAAUUGAAGCUUUAAACUUCACUCAUUUAAUUCAAGAAUUUUCAUAUGGAGAGUUCUAUCCUUUUAUCAAUAAUCCGUUAGAUGCAACAGGUAAAGUAACAGAAGAAAACCUUCAAGCAUACAGAUAUCACACUAAAGUAGUGCCAACAGUAUAUCAAAAGUUGGGGUUAGUUAUAGAUACCAAUCAAUAUUCUUUGACCGAAAGUCACCAUGUAUACCCAUAUGAUCAACAGAAGAAACCAAUGGGUAUUCCAGGAAUAUUUUUCAGAUACGAUUUCGAACCUAUAAAAUUAACUAUUUCCGAAAAGAGAAUUCCAUUUGUUCAAUUUGUGGCUAAAUUAGGGACAAUUCUUGGGGGAUUGUUAAUCCUAGCAGGCUAUUUAUACAGAUUGUACGAUAAGUUAUUAUCCAUUUUGUAUGGAAAGAAAUAUGUUGAAAAAAAUACUGAAAAGAAAACUGGUGGACUUCUUGACAAAAAAGAUGAAAACCUACUUUAG